ACGAGAAAUGCUCAGUGGGUGGCUACACCGAAGCGACAUUUCGAUUUUACGCGAGCGAUUCUUUACCGAAAGGGGGAAGAGGGAACUUUUGCUUGCGAUUUCCAGCUCUAUGGUGUCCGUAAACCCUAGCCCAGCUCAGGGUUUUCCCUUCUUUGAUCCCAUGAACGUGGGUUUACCGGGUUUCAACGCCCUGGCCCACACGCUGGCGGCGGAGGGACUUGGUGUUGGUCAUAUCGGUGCGAUUCCGAUGACUGAACGGAGCAACAUGAUGUCGUUUUCGGAGGAUCCGACGAAGAAAAUCCGGAAGCCGUACACAAUCACGAAGUCUCGAGAGAGCUGGACAGAGCAGGAGCACGACAAGUUUCUAGAAGCUCUCCAAUUGUUCGACAGAGACUGGAAGAAAAUAGAGGCCUUUGUGAGAUCGAAGACAGUGAUUCAGAUCCGAAGCCAUGCACAGAAGUACUUUCUCAAGGCUCAGAAGAAUGGGAAUAGUGAGCACCUUCCACCUCCACGACCAAAGAGGAAAGCGACCCAUCCAUACCCUCAAAAGGCUUCUAAAAGUGCUGCUGCUAUGCCCCCAGUCAAUGUAUCCUUCCCAUCUGAAAAUGCUAUGCUCGAACCCGUUUACUUGUACGACACUGAUCCACGGUCGCUGCUUGGGAAUCCGGUGAUUAAAGUAGAGGAAACGGGUGUCCCUGCACAGACAAUCACCAACACCUGCUGCUACAGCAAUGGCAGUACAGAAGAUACGCAAAGGACACAGACCAUUACAGAGCCAAAUGAUCAAACAAGUUGUGAAAAACUACCAAGAGUGAUGCCGAACUUUGCCGAGGUCUACAGCUUCAUCGGUAGUGUCUUUGAUCCUAAUGCCAAGGGCCAUGUCCAGAGGUUAAAGCAGAUGGAUCCUAUAAAUCUGGAAACGGUGAUGCUAUUGAUGAGAAACCUCUCUGUAAAUCUGACGAGUCCCGAGUUCGAAGGACAGAGGAGGCUGUUAUCAUCGUACAACGGCCGAGCCACUGAAGAGACAUAGAAAAGGAACCUAUCUCUCUCGGAUAACUUACCGACCGCAUAAGGGUCAGAUUAGACACAACACAAGUCGAAGUGACAAGUCACGGCUAAGACCAUUCAUGCUUGUAUAUAAAUCCACAUACUGUAAUGUGAAGAGUAGAUGUAUACGUAAUAUGUAUGUAUAUAUUUUAUUAUGUACGGCGCGUGGCUGGAUUUGGUUCUCAAGGCAAUA